GGCGGAUACCAGUGAGCUCCAAACCCUAAUUCUGCGAUUCAAGGACUGUGAGCUCUCAUCGGUCUGUAGAAGGGCUUUUUCUAUCCCACCAUCGCCAGCCCCGCCAUGGACUCAUCUUGUUGACCGAAUCGACCUGAAUGUACAAGGAACAGCCCGAAUCACAUAGGUUUAAUUCCUUUGGGGAGAUAAGCCCGUCAGGAUGGGGAUCGUCGAGAGGAUUAAGGAAAUUGAGUUCGAGAUGGCUCGAACUCAGAAGAACAAAGCCACCGAGUAUCAUCUGGGUCAGCUGAAAGCAAAAAUCGCCAAGCUUAGGACUCAGUUGCUGGAGCCACCGAAGGGUUCUAGUGCAGCUGGAGACGGGUUUGAGGUUACAAAAUUCGGCCACGGUCGCGUUGCUCUUAUUGGUUUUCCAAGUGUGGGAAAGUCAACUCUGUUGACUCUGCUAACGGGCACACAAUCUGAAGCUGCUGCAUAUGAGUUUACGACGCUGACUUGUAUUCCUGGCAUUAUCCAUUAUAAUGAUGCUAAGAUUCAGCUUCUGGAUCUUCCUGGUAUUAUCGAAGGUGCUUCUGAGGGAAAAGGCCGUGGACGGCAGGUUAUUGCUGUGGCAAAAUCUUCUGAUGUUGUAUUGAUGGUUCUUGAUGCGUCUAAGAGUGAAGGCCACAGGCAGAUUCUGACGAGGGAAUUAGAAGCUGUAGGACUACGACUCAAUAAGAAGCCUCCACAGAUCUACUUUAAGAGGAAAAAAACUGGAGGAAUCUCCUUCAACAGUACUAUGCAAUUGACACACGUGGAUGAGAAGCUCUGCUAUCAAAUUUUACACGAAUACAAAAUUCAUAAUGCUGAGGUACUAUUUAGGGAAGAUGCGACAGUGGAUGAUUUGAUUGAUGUGAUUGAAGGAAAUCGAAAGUACAUCAAGUGUGUGUACGUGUACAACAAGAUCGAUGUUAUUGGUAUCGACGAUGUUGAUCACCUAUCUCGUCAACCUAAUUCUAUCGUCAUCAGUUGUAAUCUUCAGCUCAACCUCGAUAGAUUACUGGCUAGAAUGUGGGAUGAAAUGGGACUUGUCCGUGUAUAUACUAAACCUCAAGGUCAACAACCCGAUUUCUCAGAACCUGUGGUUUUGUCUACUGAUAGAGGAGGCUGCUCUGUGGAAGAUUUCUGUAAUCACAUCCAUCGCAGUUUAUUGAGGGAUAUCAAGUAUGUGCUGGUGUGGGGCACAAGCGCUAAGCAUUAUCCACAACGAUGUGGCACACAACACAUCCUUCAGGACGAAGACGUUGUUCAGAUUGUGAAGAAAAAGGAAAAGGAAGAAGAUGGUGGAAGAGGCCGUUUCAAGUCGCACACAACUGGUCCUGUGCGAAUUGCUGAUAGAGAGAAGAAGGCUCCCCUUAAACAGUAAUAAUCGAGGUUAUAUUAUUUAGUAGGCUUGAAGACAGCAUUUUCCUCUUUGGAACCAAAUUCUAUGCCUUCAAUGUUCAGUAUGGCUGCAGUCAUCAGGGCAGGCUUUGCCAAGGGAAGUGAUGAGCCAUACGUGACUGUCUUCAUAUGAUCGAUGGUUGUCAGUGAAAUUCUAGAAUAUGAAGUUUCUAUUCCGUGCGCAGAAAGUCGAUUUGGAGUAAUGAUGGCUUCUGUGUAAAUCCGUAUUAACUUGCUGCUUGUUCGUGUUAAGCGUCUUAUUAGAGAUUAGGCAAAUGCACCACGUUUUGUGUUUCUAUGCUAUUAUACCAUAUUGACCAUGAAUAUGACAAUCAUUGGUAUGUUAUGCCUGUA